AUGCCUCGGGCCUUCCUGGUGAGGAGUUGCCGGCCCCAGCCCCGAGAUUGGGGCCACAUCACUGACCAGCACCGGGGAGAUGCCUACAUCCCAGGACAAUCUUCUCUUUCAGACUGCAGCCUGGACAAAGGGCUGGCUGAUCAAGGAGGCACCAAGGCGAGGUCCGGCGGCAGAGAAACCUUGAGAAGUAGACCAUCCUGCCUGCCACCUUACGGCAGCCGUUCCCAAGCUCCGGCUGAGCAGGGUCCUGCAGCAGGCCAGGGUCCUGGGGGCUUGAGCUGCCCCCUCUGCCCUAAGGUCUUCCCACUUCAGCGCAUGCUGACCCGCCACCUCAAGUGCCACAACCCUGCCCGGCGCCACGUGUGCAGCUGCUGCACCAAAGGUUUUCACGACGCCUUUGACCUCAAGAGGCACAUGAGGACCCACACGGGGAUCCGGCCCUUCCGCUGCUCAGCCUGCGGCAAGGCCUUCACGCAGCGGUGCUCCCUCGAGUCCCACCUGGGCAAGAUCCACGGGCAGCCGCCCCGCUACGGCUACCGCGAGCGCCGGGAGAAGCUGCACGUGUGCGAGGACUGCGGCUACACCAGCGCCCGCACCGACGACUACGCUCAGCACCGGGCCCUUCACCCCCACCCCAGUCCGGCCUCGGCCCUGGCCCGCUCCUACACCUGA